AUGGGCGAGGACGGUCUCAUUCACUCCGAAUCAAGACUGAUCCUAUCAUCGAGAUUAACGACGAGCCAGAUAUACCCUCUAAUCCUACCAUCAGACUGUAAUCUCUCGAAGCUCAUCGUUCAGGACAUCCACGAAAGGAAGUGCUUCCAUUCGGGAGGCGUAAACGCCAUCCUUCACAUCCUUCGGCAGGACUUCCUCCUCAUACAUGCGCGCAGAAUCGCCCGACAGGUCAUUAAAACGUGCCCCACCUGUAAGAUCUUCCACUGCGAGGCAGCCAACCUUCCAGUUCCUCCCCUCCCGGCAUUCCGAAUCGAAGAGACACCUCCAUUCUUCCACUGCGGUGUCGAUUUCGCCGGACCAUUCCGAUACAAAAAGGAUAGGAAAUCGGAAAGAGCUAUCCUGCUUUUUACUUGCGCGGUCACCCGCGGGGUGAACCUCAACCUCUGCACCGACUUAUCUACGGUCGAGGUCUUAGGUGCCCUCCAGAAAUUCAUCAGCCGGUUCCCGAACGUCAGGACGAUCACUUCCGACAACGGCCUCUCGUUCCAAAGGGCAGCGAAGGAACUGAAACUCCUGUACGAAAGCAUCAAGGACGGAGAAGUGACAAGAUGGCUAGCAGACUCGUUCAUCUCAUGGAAAUUCUUCACAGCGUGCGCCCCAUGGUUCGGGGCGUUCUAUGAGCGCCAAGUUCAGACGAUGAAGAGGCCACUCCGGAAAAUACUCGGCUCCGCCAUUCCCCACUUCAGGGAUCUCGACGUAAUCAUUUGCAACAUCGGAGCGAUGGCGAACCGACGUCCAAUAACGACUGUCGCCUCAGGGACAGACGAAGGGGAAGCACUGAGCCCAUCCGAUCUCCUUUACGGAUACAAAGGAAGCGCAUUCAUCCCAGAACAUUCCCUGAAGCCCAAACGGAGACCCGACAAAGUUAUGGUGAUCUUCUCAAGAAGAUGGGCGUAUCAACAACGAUUAUUAUUAUUGAACAAGUUCUGGAAACGAUAUACAACGGAAUAUCUUCAAUACCUAAAAACAGCACAUGAGCAAACCCCAGGCAGAACGAAGCAUUUAACAUCGGCGACAUCUGUCUCCUAG